AUUGUGAAGGAGUGUAAUGAAGGUGUGAGGAAGAUGAGUCGCACUGAAGAGCUGAUCAGCAUCGAGAAAACACUUGAAUUCAAGUCGAAGUCGGUGCCGGUGAUCUCUCACUCUCGCUGGCUCCUGAAGAAGGGAGAGGUGCAGCAGAUGUCCGGACCCAAGAGCACCAGGACCAUGCGCAGCCGCAAACUCUACCACCCCAUCUACCUGUUCCUGUUCAAUAACCUGCUGCUCAUCACCAAACGCACCUCCAGUGGAGAGAAGUACCAGGUUCUGGACUCCUGCAGUCGCUCCAUGCUGAGGACUGAAGACCUGGAGGAUCAGGGUCAGAUGCUGGCCUGUGUGUUUGUGCUGAAACUGCUGGAGAACCAGGAGGACAGAGAAGUCAGCUACAUGCUCAAGACAGAAACCAUAAGUGAUAAACUGCGCUGGAUAUAUGCUUUGACUCCAAACCGGCGUACGAGAUUCCUCUCGACCAGCACUAGCCAACCAGAUUCUGCACAGGUUCAGUGCAUCCAGUCGUACUCCUCCCAGGAACCUGAUGAGCUCUCUGUAGAAAUGGCUGAUGUGCUGCACAUUCUGGAGUGCACUGAUGAUGGCUGGAUGUUGGGUGAAAGGUUGCAUGACGGCGAGCGAGGCUGGUUCCCCAGCCGCGUGGUGGAGAAGAUCAUGAGCGCAGAAGUUCGGGCUCAGAACCUUAAAGAGUGUCAGAGGAUCCAGCAGGCACAGGAAGGAGUGCAGGGGGCCAGAGCCACCGCCAGGGCACGCCGCCCUGCCAAAAGUCCCCAGUAUACUCCCACCUGGACCGAUCUGUAGAUUAAGAACAAGAAAGAGCAUCGCAUAAUCACCACAACCAUUCAU